CACUUUGUAAUGAACUGAACAAACAUAAAAAUAACACAAAGGAAAAGAGAGGAGAGAAUGACGGUUUUAGGCGAAGAUGGAAGAGGUUACGAUUUAGCGAAGAAACUCGAAAGCUUGGGGAUAUGGCGGACAUGGCUAGGCGACUCUCUUUACUCUUCUUUUCUUAAUUUUCUCUCUACACCUUCUUCUUGGCAAGCUUUCAUGUCUUUUGACGAUUCGAUCUCAAAAUCAAAGGCUCACAUUCAUCUUCAACUACGUGUUCGUGCUCUUCUUUUCGAUAAAGCCGCUUUCUCUCUCUUCCUUCCUUCCACUUCGUCUUCCUCUUCUUCUUCUUCUUCUUCUUCUUCUUCUUCUUCUAUUGUCUCUCUUCUCAAUCCCUCUUAUUUACAAUUGCAUGCUGAUGAUGUUUAUUUCACUUUGGAGGAUGAUGCUUCUCUGCGAGAAUCUAAGGUUCAUUCCCAGAGAUAUAGGGAGGAAGAUUUUCCGGACACAUGGUAUCAUCAGUUUAUUGAGAACUUCAGGAUGAACAAGCCAUAUAUGAUAGCUCCGAAUCAAGAUUCAGACAAACGUAACCCCAGUGGGAUGUUUGAAUACCUAAAACUGCAGGAGAAGCAUAAGAGGAGGAGAGUAGUGUUUAAGGAGGACGGAAAUGGAGGAUUUGGUCAUUCCAACUCUGAGAAUAAGAUGCAAGCUAAUGCAGUUUUGGAUGAGGAUGCUUCUGGAAGCGAUAACACAUGUUUCUUUCCAGAGACGAUGUUCUUGAUGAACUCUGUACCAGAUAGACCAGUUGCGACUAGAACAUCGAAUGAUAAUACGCAGAAAGUGGAGUUUUUUGGCGUUCUUGAUACAUUGCCAAAAAUGACAACUAAUAGUUCUAUUAUGCUUGAAAGACUUGGCAUCAGGCCUGAGUAUCUUGAACAGGGGUCUGGUCAAUCCCGCACAAAAAUUGGCUUGAAUGGUAACAGAAAACAACUAGAUCAAGAGCAAGCAAUGCAAUUGUCUAAGAGGAUUGUUGCCCGCGUUUUGACCAAGGUGGGCUUUGAUGGAUCCUCUGAGAUUCCAAUUCGGGUCUCAUCUCAGUUGCUCAGCUGCCAUAUCUCUAAAUUAGGUCGCAUUUUGAAAGUUCUUUCUGAUAAUUACAAGAAGCAAUGUUCAGCCAUGGAAUUGCUUAAAAUGUUUCUCCAAGUAACAGGAAAUAGUAGCCUUGCUAGUUUAGCAGAAUAUGUGAAGGAUACUAGGAACAUUGUACAGCAAAAUCCACAGACUCCACAACAGAUUCAGGGUAUGCAUCCACAGCAUUCGUUAUCACACCAAAAUACCAUUCAGCUUCCUCAACAGAUACCUCGACAAAUAAAUCAACAGACAUCGCAAUUGGUUCAUCCCCAGCACCUGACGUUACAGCAGCAACAACAGUUUGAGAGAAUGCAGAGGCGGCAAGCGCCUUCUCCUCGUCCUGUUAUGACCAUGGACAAGGAUCGUCCCUUGGUAGAGGUGAAGCUGGAGAACCCACCUGAAUUACCUUUGGAAAAUAAUGCCUUCAAUACAAUGAAUAGCAGACCAACCAAUCAAUUCCAAUGGCAACAGCACCAAGCUCUUCAGAGGUUCAUGGGAGGGACUGCUAAUCAAAUGAGGCAGUCUGCUUCCAUGCAGAUACCACAGAUGCUAUCACCGAAUACUGGGGCUGUUAGGGCGCCACCAGUGAAAGUUGAAGGUUUCCAGGAAUUGAUGGGUGGGGACUCUUCAUUAAAGCAAACUUCUCCUUCGAAGUAGAUUGCUUUGUUUGCUGAUUAACUUGGAAGAUGCAAGUCUGAGCGUGAAACAUGAUACAAGGACACCAACAACCACUAUUGCAACCUAAAUAAAGGAAAUCUAAAAAGGAAAUGACUAGAUUACAAAUUUUGAUAUCAUAUUGAUUUACCAACCGUAUUUCUAUACUAGGCCUCAGAUAUGGGUCUGUUCCUGUAAAGGUAUGCCUCGAAUUCUUCAAUGUAUUGGUUGUGCAAGUUCUCAUCAGCAACCAUUCUACUCAUUUUCUUUGCCUCAUCUCUGUAAAUCUUACCAAAUACGUCCUCACACAUCACCUUCAAUGAUUGUGCUACUGAAUUCUUAUCGAACGAUCCAUCCUGAUUGUUCCUUGGUAUUUCGAAUCCAACUUUCUUUGCUUCCAUAACUCUUGCAUUUAAGCCUUGGUCCAAGACGAAUGGCAGCAUAAUUAGUGGUUUUCCAAAUUGAAGCCCCUCUAUUAUAGAGCUCCAGCCACAAUGGGUCAAGAAAGCCCCCACUGAAUUAUGAGAGAGUAUCUGAGCUUGAGGCACCCAACUCGUCCAAACCAAACCCUGAUCUCUAGUUUGCUUCUUGAACCCAUCUGGAAGCUCCUGUGGUCUACCUGCAUGAUUACGUAGUGCCCAGAAGAAGGGGAGCCUUGAUAGCUCCAAUCCAAGUGCCAAUGCAUUGACGACAUCUUGGCUCGGACCUAAUUCACUCCCUAGGGCCGCAUAAACCACGGACUCAUUUGUGUGCUUGUCCAGCCAAUCCUUAAUGGAGUGCCAGGUAUCACUAUUGGCCAUUUGGUCUUCGUCUACUGAGGUUGGCAACAAGCCUACAGGUACCACAGGCUUUCUAUGAAGCUUUUCUAAAAGUUGCAAAUAUUCUGCUUCAAGCUCCCUGCUGCUACGUAUGGCAAAUACAUCACAAUCACAGACAGAACAUCCCCCGCGGAACAUAUCUGAAACGCCAGAGGCAUUUUUUCUUGCAGCACUGAGGCUCUUCUUUGCUUCGUGGAACCGGUAGACAACGUUGUUUUGGAAUGGGACCCACUCAAGUCGACCUGUCAAACUCUCAGGUUUACUCCAUGUCCCAGCACCAUCCUUGAUCAUAUUUGAUGAUGGACCAAAGGAUGCAGAGCUCCAGCCAUUCAUCAAAGAAAGGAAAGCCUUUCGGACACCUAAUCUGUCAGCAAUUGGAGGUAGCCAGUAACAAGGGUAAUCGUAGAUGAUCCAGUCAAUAGGAGUGGCACCUUCCAGGAUGCUUGCCAAGGGUUCCUUUAGACCGUCAUAAGCCUUCUUGAGUAACUCAACAUCAUCAAAAGGCAUAUCUGAGGAGGCCUCGGCCUUGGGGGGCAGGACUCCAUCUCGUGGCAGUGGAAUAGGGACUAGCUUGAUAAAGGGAAGCAAGUUCUUAGGGAUUUUCGGGAGGAGGCGCUCAAGAUUUCGUGGAGUAGAAACAUAUGAUAUGUGAUGGCCCUUUUUGGCCAAGUGCUUGGAGAGCUCAAGGAAUGGAAUCAUGUGACCAAAUGCAAGCCAUGGGAACACCACUAUGUCCAGAGCUUUCUUGUUUUCCAUGACUUGUGUGAAAUUACAAGAGAAGAAGAUUACUGAAUUUAAAUGCACACUUGUAGAACAGUAGAUCAAUAAUUGUGGAUAAGCAUUGCCGCUCUUUAUUUGUGUUUUCUGUCAAAAGAGGUUAUAGAUUAACAAACACCUGUUUAGACGUUUUUUAUUCUAGACUAGAAUUGAAUUCAUUAUAUUAUAUUAGGUCUAGGUGGCGUUUGUCUUUGCUCAAUCUUUUUAUUGUACAUACGACCAUUUCUAGGUAAUUGAACAGAAAGCGGUUGUAGGUACACUUGUUUAUCAGCAAAGUUCUGCAACAUAAGAAUAUUGCCUAACUAUAAACGCGAUGUGCUUGAAGCAAUUGUCUGCCUGCCAUAUGUUUUGGAAAAAAUUACCCAAAAUAAUUUCAUAUUUCACUUGUAUCAAUAAUUCCAAACUUUGGGGGUGUUUGCUCAGAGUAACUGAGAUAACUUGUUACUUGGUAGACAACGUGGAACUAUAUAUAUAUGGAAUGAUUUUGAUUUUCUCAUC